AUGCACCUGUUUCCCAAAGAGAAGCAGUUGAGGAGACAGUGGGAAGUGGCUGUGAAAAGGGAUAACUUUUCUGCCAAUGAGAGGUCAAUGCUCUGUAGCCAGCACUUUCAGCCGGAGGAUUUUGACCGGACAGGCCAAAUUGUCAGGCUCAGGGAUGGAACUAAACCAUCUGUGUUCAGUUUCCCAACACAUCUCAAAAGAGUAAGUGCAUCACUAAGCUUGCUGAAAAUGGUUUUAUUGUGUGUGUGUGUGUGUGUGUGUGUGUGUGUGUGUGUGUGUGAACACACUUAUGCAUUGCCUCCAUCUCCCACUCUUCUCAAGACUAGACUCAAUGAAGCCCUGGCUAGGGUGGAGAGUCUUGAGAAAGAGAUGAGGAACUCAAAGGCCCGAGAGUGGAGGGUGAAGAAAACAGUGUGUUGUCUUCUGGAGGACCUCAGGGGGAAGAACCUCAUAAAUGAAGAGCUGCAAGAGAGGCUUGACUUAUACUCAGAUCUUCCAUUAGGCCUCCUGUCCAAACAGAGGCCCUGCAUGAGCGUGGCAUCCGGGUCAUGUCCCUCACAAUGGAUGGGCAUGCAUCAAACAUAAGCAUGUUCAACCAGCUGGGGUGCCAGCUAAAGGCCAACCCUUGUGAGCCUUUGAAAACAUUUUUCCCCCAUCCUGCGACUGGCAAGAGGGUGUUUGUCAUGAUGGACGCUUGCCACAUGUUGAAGCUGGCAAGAAACAUGCUGCAAGCGUACAGCCCAAUCUGUAGCAGAACUGGCCUCAUCAACUGGGACUACGUUGUUUGUUUGAACGAUAUUCAAACAAAGAAGGGACUGCAUGCUGCCAACAGGGUCACUGAAAAGCACAUUCAGUUUGACUCACAGAAGAUGAAGGUGUCCCUGGCUGCACAGACGCUGAGUCGCUCUGUGGCAGUAGCGCUCCGAACGCUGAGGGACCUGGGGUAUCCACGCUUCACCCUCUGUCAAGCGACAGCCGAAUUC